AAUAAUGCUUUCUGCCUCACACAAAAAAGUCUUUUAUCCAACUCCUAAUCUAUAUUUCUGGUAGAAAAAAAUCCAAAAAUUAGACUAACACAUGGUACACCUUGUUACUGAACAAAAACUGACCGUAAAUUGCAUCUUGUUGCUAAUGUUGAAAAUGGCAAAAACUGUCCCACAACCAUUAGAUAUGUCGAAAAUCUAAACUCAAAUCACUGGCAAAAAUGUUUCACUGACUGAAACAAUCAACAAAAUUUAGAUCUGUAAACACCAGGGAAAAAAGGGCUAACUAGAAACAAUGGCCACCAAGCAAACUCUCAACAGCAGAAGUUACCAGUAACAAUGUUACAGGGCAAAAAAAAAAGAGAAAGGAAACCCUGCGAGACGCAUCAUACCGCAAAUCUUAUCUCCAGGGAAGACGGGCAAAAAUACAGGCAAACUAGAUACAGAGGAGGGGAACGCCUCCAGCCCAGAAACAAGUGGGUGAUGGGAAUGGUUCUUCUGGCCCUGUACGUUUUCCCUUCUUUUCAGCAGAAAAGUGCUGAGUCCACAAAGGAAAAAACCGAUCAGGAUGAAAAUUUCUCUAAAGCAAUGAAAAGGGGGGAAAAAUGGAAAUAGCUUAAAUACUCGGUAUAAAAAAAGUGACCAAAUUAUAAAAUGGGCUCACGGAUUUGCGUCAGAAACGUUACUUCCCCGACAACUGGUCAACGUCGGUGUAAGUAUCAUUAAAAUGUCAGUAUUAAAACAAGGUCUCCAACACUCCCGUGGCCCAAGGGGGUCUUCGGCUACCGCUCCCGACCGUGGGCCUGGGGGUCCCUAUUUCCUGCGCUCGCACCUCUAGCCCGCCGCUUUCGGGACUCUCAGCCUUCUUUUCCCUUCCCUCAGGGCCGGGCGGCACCUCAACCACGCCAAAGGCAGUAACUUGGCUGAAAGGAGCGCCCUGAGACAGGUCAGAGGGCUCCGCCAUACGCGACCCGCAGCCACAAGAGCAGGUCCCCAGGCCGUGUGCGCCGGGAGUUAGCGACUCAGCCCAGCCCUGCAGCCAGGCUCGGGCGAUGGGCGGAGCCAGCGCGAAGCGCGCAGGCGCACACCGCCUCCCGGGCAGCAUGGCGGACGCAGAGCCUCAACCCAGCAAGAGAAAGCGCGAGCUGGACUUGGAGGAGGCGCACGUCGCCAGCACAGAGGAAAAGAAGGCAGACGUUGGAAAUGGUACCUGUGCUCCUGUCCGCUUACCGUUCUCCGGCUUCAGACUGCAGAAAGUGCUGAGGGAGUCUGCGCGGGACAAAAUCAUUUUCCUACACGGAAAGGUGAAUGAAGCCUCUGGGGAUGGGGCUGGAGAGGAUGCCGUUGUGAUCCUGGAGAAGACGCCAUUUCAGGUGGAACAGGUGGCUCAGCUCCUGACAGGCAGCCCUGAGCUCCAGCUGCAGUUCUCCAACGAUAUCUACAGCACCUAUCACUUAUUCCCUCCAAGACAACUGAGUGAUGUAAAGACGACCGUGAUUUACCCCGCCACAGAGAAACACCUGCAGAAGUACCUGCGCCAGGACCUCCGCCUGAUCCGAGAGACGGGGGAUGACUACAGGAACAUUACUUUACCCCACCUGGAGUCCCAGAGCCUCAGCAUCCAGUGGGUGUAUAACAUUCUCGACAAGAAGGCUGAAGCGGAUCGGAUUGUUUUUGAGAACCCAGAUCCCGCUGACGGGUUUGUCCUCAUCCCUGACCUCAAGUGGAACCAACAGCAGCUUGAUGACCUCUACUUGAUUGCCAUCUGUCAUCGCCGGGGCAUCAGGUCCCUACGCGACCUUACUCCAGAGCACCUGCCGCUGCUCAGGAACAUCCUCCACCAGGGGCAGGAAGUCAUCCUGCAGCGCUACCAGAUGACAGGAGACCGUCUACGAGUAUACCUGCACUACCUGCCCUCCUACUACCACCUGCACGUGCACUUCACCGCCCUGGGCUUCGAGGCCCCCGGCUCAGGUGUGGAGCGCGCCCACCUGCUGGCCGAGGUGAUCGAGAACCUGGAGUGUGACCCCAAGCACUACCAGCGGCGCACGCUCACCUUCGCCCUCAGGGCUGACGACCCCCUGCUCAAGCUCUUGCAGGAGGCUCGGCAAAGCUGACUUAACUCGAGGAGAAGAGCACAGAUGUGUGGGACUGGGGGAGGAGUGGGGACAAUAUUUUUUAUCUCCAAGUGAAUUUUCUAAAAAUGUGUUUUGUACCGGCUUAUUCCUAGUAGUGAAUAAAGUAGUGGGCUCACUCA